GUCUUCGUAGACUUCUCACUGCGCACCUCACGUUUCCCGAUUCGACACACAAUCUGCCCAUUAGUGUUCCUUUAUACCUCGUACCUCAAUGGCGCUGAUCAUGAAUCAACCAACUCGGUUUGUUUGCCAAUGGUGGCCGCGCCACCCGAAAGGUCCGACUCUUCGAAAGGAACAUGCGCCCACAGGAUACCGAACGCCCAACAGAAUCAUAUGGGGACACUCUAUCGGUGAUUUCUAUUUUAUCCAGCGCGUUCCCAACACGGAUGUCGUGACGAUCUGGUCGCGAAGCAUGAUCCACGAGUUCGGAGAGAACUAUGCCAGUGAGGCGUUCGAGAUGGAACCUCACCCACGGCAACGCAGGCCAUGGCCUUUGUUGCAAAUUCCCAAGGGACAUAUGUUGGAUGAUCUCUAUGGCAUUCCCGAUGAGGGCUCGGAGCACGGCGGUUGCUUUGAGCGGAUCGUAGACGAUGAAGAGGAAGGAGAUCACGCCACAUAUAGAUCGCUAAAAGAUCUACAUGCGGACUUGAAGGCUGAGGUGGCCAGUGCUGAUAAAGGGGACCACGAAAUUCUGGCGGAGAUGCCUCCAGCAUUAGAAGAGUUCAUCCCAAACGAAUAUCUACCUGAUAUAAUUCUUGUUGAUGAUACUCAAAGGAGGGUGAUCGACCUUUCCUACCACGUUGCAGACGACGAGACGCACAGGAAGCUGUCCUCAAUGCCUUUGAAAUACAGGCGCGUUCUUCCUUCACUUGAAAACCUUGAGAGCACCCUAAAGCAUCAAGAAAGACGAAAAGUACGACAAGACAAACCUGCGCACGAGCUCCGAGUGGCGCGCCUGCGUCUCAAAGCUGAGAAUAAACUUGGCUCCGGCCAUCACUCUGAUGUCUAUCUGGCUCCAUUGGAGCUCCCGAAACCUCUCACCGCGCGCACGCCGUCUGGAGCAGUUGCUGUUGCGGCAAAGCUAGCUUAUCCACGACGUGAGGCACGAUCUCUGCUUGAGAACGAGGGCAGCGUCUACAAUGCGUUUCCGCGACACCUGCAGGAAGAGUGGUGCGGGUACAAUCUCGUCCCGCCUAUCAAACACCCCGUUCCCGUUGGCGCCGUCGUGCCAAAGUUCUUUGGCUACUAUAAGCCGGUUUUCGACCCGAAUGACCUACAUAUUUCAGAUGAACCCAUCGAUUCUAGUGCAUUCUCCUACGACGACAAGAUGGAGUGUUUUUCCCUCCCUCAACGUUUGCACCACGAGGACUUCCUCCAGAACUCAUUCUACAGACGCAAUAUCCUCGUCCAGCCCGGUCCACUGACAGUCCCACCUAUACAGCGCUCACACAAGCAGCCCUCAUUCCGUAUCAUCGACUUUGGUCGUACGGAAGACUGGGGCGCCGUAAUCGACAAGGUGAAACGCGAUAACAGUGCCAAGGAUGCUGCUGAGAUCCUCAAAAUAAAUCGGGACAAGCUUCAUUUCGACAAGCAGCACGAGUCCAAGAGAGCCUGGGAGGAGCUGUCAAUAGACGAUUACAAUUAUUAAGAUGCAUGACCAACGGCGACCUACCUCUGAUUUCGGUGUGACACGUUUAGAUAUUGUAUUUGCUAUCAUUUUUCUCUGUUACUGCAGCCUCGAUGUAAUUUUGUGAAAUGAAACUUGACCGGUAGCGGUCAAGGCUUUGUCGU